AUCGUUUUUCUACAUUUUGGUCAUUGAAUUCAGUCCCCAUUUUCUUUUAAAAGCGUAGUUUUAAUACGAUUAAAGGGAAGGGAGUGUUUUGAUGAACAGAUUUCUAGUGCAAGUUUUGAUGUCGAGGGGGCAGAACCUGUAGACAUCAUGGGCGGAGCUUUGAGCAGGUAAAAAUCUCAUCCUGCUUGUCUAGGGCUCUAUUGCUGCUGGAGGAGAAGCAGGAGGAACAGUAGCAGAAUAGUUUCCGUGCUGUUCAGCAUGUAGCUUUGUUUAAAGGGUCCAUCUAGAACAAGCAGACUGCUGGCUGAGCAGAGCAAAUCCAUGUCUGAGAGUUGGGGAGGCACGGCUAGUGUUAAACAAGAAACCAGACUUCAGCCUGCUCUUGAUGUCCGCCUUGCUUGUGCUGUGGGCUAAUUUACAUCUUACCCAUUUCUCCCCAUUUUCCUCUAACUGUAACAAGUCUGUUUUGCCUUUUCUGAUGGAUUUUACAAAGAAAGAUUUUUGCUCAGUGUUUGUCAUUAUAAAUUCUCAUUGCUGCUGCUGCCCUCAAAAGGAUUGUGUAAAUGAGGGGGUAAAGCCAGCCAGUUUUGACAAAGUAGCAAUUCCUGAAGUGAAAGAAAUUAUUGAAGGAUGCAUACGACAAAACAAAGAUGAAAGAUAUUCUAUCAAAGACCUUUUGAACCAUGCCUUCUUCCAGGAGGAAACAGGGGUACGGGUAGAAUUAGCAGAAGAAGAUGAUGGAGAAAAGAUAGCCAUUAAAUUAUGGCUACGUAUUGAAGACAUUAAGAAGUUGAAGGGGAAAUACAAAGACAAUGAAGCUAUUGAGUUUUCCUUUGACCUGGAGAGAGAUGUGCCAGAAGAUGUUGCUCAGGAAAUGGUAGAGUCUGGGUAUGUCUGUGAAGGGGAUCACAAGACCAUGGCAAAAGCCAUCAGAGACAGAGUGUCCUUGAUUAAGAGGAAACGAGAGCAGCGGCAGCUGGUGCGGGAGGAGCAGGAGAAGAGGAAGCAGGAGGAGAGCAGGCUUACGCAGCAGGCCGAGCCGCCGCCAGGCGCUCCCCAGGCGGGGGUCCCGCCACCCCCCUCCACCUGCCCUGGCCUGCCUGCUGCCUCUGCCGCCUCAGCUUCUGUGUCUACACAAGUGGAGCCGGAGGAGCCGGAGGCUGAUCAGCAUCAGCAGCUGCAGUACCAACAACCAAGUGUAUCCGUGUUAUCUGACGGGACGGUUGACAGUGGUCAGGGAUCUUCUGUCUUCACAGAAUCUCGAGUGAGCAGCCAACAGACAGUCUCCUAUGGUUCCCAGCAUGAGCAGGCACAUUCUACUGGCGCACUCCCGGGGCACACGGCGUCUGUUGUCCCGGCACAGGCUCAGCCUCAUGGGGUAUAUCCGCCCUCGAGUAUGGCACAGGGGCAGAGCCAGGGUCAGCCGUCUUCAAGUAGUUUAGCAGGGGUUCCAGCUUCCCAACCUGUUCAACAUUCUCAGCAGCAGCAGGGAGUCCAGCAGACAGCCUCCUCUCAGCCGACGGUGCAGUAUUCCCUUCCACAGGCACCGGCCUCCAGUGAGGCCCUGACUGCACAGCCAGCAAGCCAGCCUCCACCCCUGCAGGUGUUGCCUCACGUGUCAGUGGGGAAACAGCUUCCAGUUUCCCAGCCAGUACCAACUAUCCAAGGCGAACCUCAGAUCCCAGUGGCGACACAGCCCUCAGUUGUUCCAGUCCAUUCUGGUGCUCAUUUCCUCCCUGUGGGACAGCCACUCCCGCCUUCCUUACUCCCUCAGUUCCCUGUCUCUCAUAUCUCCUCGGCGCCUCCCGCCUCUGCAGCUCAGCCGGGUUUCUCACCCCUUCCCGCCACAAUGGCAGCUGGCCUUGCCCAGCCUCUGCUCACCUUGGCUUCACCUGCUGCAGCAGCUGCAGGCCCAGGGGCACCCGCUGUGCUUCCUAGCCAGCUUCCAGCCCUCCUGCAGCCUGCGACCCAGCUGCCGGGUCAGGCUCACCCACAGCUCCUGCAGCCAGCAGUCCAGUCCACAGGGAUACCCGCUAGCCUUGGACAGACUGCUGAGGCUCCACUUCCCUCUGGAGAUGCUCUCUACCAGGGCUUCCCACCUCGACUGCCACCACAGUACCCAGGAGAUUCAAAUAUUGCUCCCUCUUCCAGCGUGGCUUCUGUUUGCCUCCCUUCUACAGUCCUGUCCCCUCCCUUGCCGACAGAAGCACUGGCUGCCCCAGGUUACUUUCCUACAGUGGUGCAGCCUUAUGUGGAAUCAAAUCUUUUGGUUUCCGUGGGCAGUAUAGGAGGACAGGUUCAAGUGCCCCAGCCAGCAGUGAGCUUAGCACAAGCCCCCUCUACAUCCUCCCAGCAAGCAGCUCUGGAGAGUACUCGAGGAGUCCCUCAGGUCGCUCCUCCAGAGCCAGCUCCAGCGGCACAGCCACAGCCCGCCCACCCUGCCGCCUUGGUCUCUUCUAUAGACAGUGCACAUUCAGAUGUGGCUUCAGGAAUGAGUGACGGCAAUGAGACUGUCGCAUCGUCCAGCGGAAGGCAUGAAGGGAGAACCACGAAGCGGCAUUGCAGGAAAUCUGUGAGAAGUCGUUCUCGCCAUGAAAAGACUUCACGCCCCAAAUUGAGAAUUUUGAAUGUUUCAAAUAAAGGAGACCGGGUAGUAGAAUGUCAACUGGAGACUCACAACCGGAAAAUGGUUACAUUCAAAUUUGACUUAGAUGGUGACAACCCUGAGGAGAUAGCAACAAUUAUGGUGAACAAUGACUUUAUUCUGGCAACAGAAAGAGAGUCAUUUGUGGAUCAGGUGCGGGAAAUUAUUGAAAAAGCCGAUGAGAUGCUCAGUGAGGAUGUCAGUGUGGAGCCAGAGGGUGACCAGGGGUUGGAGCGUCUGCAGGGAAAGGAUGACUAUGGCUUUUCAGGGUCUCAGAAAUUGGAAGGAGAGUUCAAACAACCAGCUCCUGUGUCUUCCAUGCCACAGCAAAUAGGCAUUCCUCCCAGUUCUUUAACUCAAGUUGUUCAUUCUGCUGGAAGACGGUUUAUAGUCAGUCCAGUGCCGGAAAGUCGAUUACGAGAGUCAAAGCUUUUUGCUGGUGAAAUAUCAGAUACAGUUGCUGCUGCUUCUACAUCUCCUGGCUCCGGAAUGAACUUGUCUCACUCUGCUUCAUCCCUGAGUCUACAGCAGGCCUUUUCUGAACUUAGAUAUGCCCAAAUGACAGAAGGGCCCAGCACAGCACCUCCCAACUUUGGUCAUACAGGACCAACAUUUCCAGUUGUGCCUCCCUCCACAAGUAGCAUUGCUGGAGCCGCAACCACAGUAGCGGCCACACCUUCAGUAUCAGCCCCUGCAGCUAGCUGCCCUCUUACUGACAUCUCCACAUCAGUAAUGCAGUCUGAGAUUACAGUGGCCCCUGAAAAAGGGACUGCUGGGGUUGCCACCUGUACAGGUGUGACACCAUCAAGCGGUCUAGAUGCAUCUGAAUCCCCGAUGCUCUCCAGCGUGGUUUCAGGCAUCACGGCGCCCACCGCUGUCUCAGCGUCAGCAGCUUCCAAGUCAGUUCAGGCUCCUGCCCCUGGGGGCGCCGCUUCUAGUGUGGAUGCGUCCCCCUCUGUGCCCAUUUCAGUGACUCCUGCCUCGGCAGGGAGCAGCGCUGCUGCCUUGGGUACUAAGCCUGCACCCGGGCCAUCUCAGCAGGCAGGAGUUAGCACUGCCGGGGUAGCCACGUCAGCGUCAGUUUCUGCCACCACUCCGGCCCCGAGCACGGCUUCACAGCCGUCUGUCCCGCUCAGCAGCAGCGCCUCGGCUCCUGCCCUGGCCGAGACGGUGGUGGUCAGUGCACACGCCCUAGAUAAGACGUCUCACGGCAGUGCGGCAGGCUUGGCUUCGUCCCUCCCGGCCUCAUCUUCCUCUCCCUCCCCUGGGGCAGGGGUAUCUAGUUCUGUUUCUCAGCCUGGUGCGGCUCAUCCUUCAGCCGUCACCUCAGCUGUAGCUUCUGCUCCUGUCCCUUCCCAAGCAGGACCUGCUUCUACACCUCUGUUACCCCAAGUACCUGGCAUCCCACCCUUGGUACAGCCUGUGGCCAGUGUGCCUGCCGUACAGCAGACACUAAUUCAUGGCCAGCCCCAGCCAGCUUUGCUCCCCAGCCAGCCCCAUGCUCACUGUCCUGAAGUAGACACUGAUACACAACCCAAAGCUCCGGGGAUCGAUGACAUAAAGACUUUAGAGGAGAAGCUGCGGUCUCUCUUCAGUGAGCACAGCUCCUCUGGAGCUCAGCACGCCCCCGUCUCCCUGGAGACGUCACUGGUGGUGGAGACCACUGUCCCUCCAGGCGUCCCGACCACUGCCGUCGCACCAGGCAGACUCAUGACUUCCACUACGAGCACUUGCCUGCCACCAGCCAGUUUGCCGCUAGGACCAGCUGGUUUGUCGGGUCCAGCAGGAGUCACACCUGGGCAGGUUUCCGCCCCAGUCAGCACUGCACCAGGAGUGAAACCUGGAACCGCUCCAGUGAAGCCACCGUUAACUAAACCUCCAGUGCUGCCAGUGGGUACUGAACUUCCAGCUGGUACUCCACCCAGCGAGCAGCUGCCGCCUUUUCCGGGACCUUCACUAACUCAGCAGCCCCUGGAGGAUCUCGAUGCUCAGCUGAGGAGAACGCUUAGUCCAGAGACUGUCGUGCUGACGUCUGCAGUUGGUCCGGCGUCCGUGGCGGCCCCCACAGCAGCUGUGGAAGCAGGAGCGCAGCCUCGGAAGGACGUUCCUCAAGUCACAGAAGGUCCUGUCUUAGCACCGACUUCAGGCCCUGGUGGCGUUUUUAAGAUGGGGCGAUUUCAGGUUUCAGUUGCAGUGGAUGACACCCAGAAAGAAGGUAGAAAUAAGGCAGAAGAUGCAAAGUCUGUUCAUUUUGAGUCCAGCACUUCAGAAUCCUCUGUGCUGUCAAGCAGUAGUCCCGAGAGCACCCUGGUGAAGCCAGAGCCCAGUGGGAUAGCUGUCCGUGGCACCUCUUCAGAUAUGCCGGAUGGUGCCUGCAGAACUCCCGCCUCAGAAGCAAAGUCAGAAGCUGGGCAGCCUACCAAGGUUGGGCGUUUUCAGGUGACAACUACAGCGAACAAAGUAGGCCGUUUCUCGGUUUCAAGAACUGAAGACAAGAUAACUGAGGCAAAGGAAGAGGGACCAGUGGCAUCUCCCCCUUUUAUGGAUUUGGAACAUGCUGCUCUUCCUGCUGUGAUACCAAAGAAAGAAAAGCCUGAACUCUCAGGACCGUCACACCAGAACGGGCCGUCUUCUGACCUGGAGGCCGCCUUCCUAAGUAGGGAUGUGGACGAUGGUUCAGGUAGUCCACACUCCCCCCAUCAGCUGAGCAAGAGCCUUCCCAUCCAGAACCUAAGUCAAAGCCUUAGUAACUCAUUCAACUCCUCUUACAUGAGCAGUGACAAUGAGUCAGAUAUUGAAGAUGAAGACUUAAAGUUGGAGCUGCGAAGACUUCGAGAAAAACAUCUUAAAGAGAUUCAAGACCUGCAGAGCCGCCAGAAGCAUGAAAUUGAGUCUUUGUACACCAGACUGGGCAAGGCUCUCCCUGCCGUCAUCAUCCCCCCCGCUGCCCCCCUGGCGGGGAGAAGAAGGCGGCCCACCAAAAGUAAAGGCAGCAAAUCUAGUCGCAGCAGCUCCUUGGGGAGUAAGAGCCCUGGUCCAGGUAACCUGUCCGGUCAGAGUGCAGCUUCAGGCGUGCACCCCCAGCAGACCCUCCCCGCUCCUGGCAACAUCCCAGAGCCCGGGCAGAAUCAGCUGUUACAGCCCCUUAAGCCCUCUCCCUCCAGCGAUCACCUCUAUUCAGCCUUCACCAGUGAUGGUGCCAUUUCAGUACCAAGCCUUUCUGCUCCAGGCCAAGGGACCAGCAGCACCAACACCGUCGGGGGAGCCAUGAACAGCCAGGCCGCCCCGGCCCAGCCUCCUGCCAUGGCGUCCGGCAGGAAGGGCACCUUCACCGACGACCUGCACAAGCUGGUGGACAACUGGGCCCGGGACGCCAUGAGUCUCUCAGGCAGGAGAGGGAGCAAAGGGCACACGAGCUACGAGGGCCCUGGCAUGGCGAGGAAGUUCUCCGCGCCCGGUCAGCUGUGCGUCUCCAUGACCUCAAACCUGGGCAGCUCUGCCCCCAUCGCUGCGGCAUCAGCUACCUCUCUGGCUCACUUCACCAAGUCCAUGUGCCCCCCGCAGCAGUACGGCUUCCCAGCACCCCCCUUUGGCACGCAGUGGAGCGGGACGGGUGGCCCAGCACCACAGCCGCUUAGCCAGUUCCAGCCUGUGGGAACUGCGUCUUUGCAGAAUUUCAACAUCAGCAGUUUGCAGAAGUCCAUCAGCAACCCCCCAGGUUCCAACCUGCGGACCACUUAGACCUAGAGACACCCGCCGAGUAGGUGUGGGGGCAGGAGGUGGAACGGUGGGGGGUGGGGGGUGGGGUGGGAAAGUAGCCUAUAUACUAACUACUAGUGCUGCACUUAACUGGUUAUUUCAGACAGGAAUGUGUCCAUGCCGCUUAGAGCCCUCUGAGUGGGGACUGUCCCUCUGCUGUCACUGUUCUCUGCGGUGGGAUGAGAAGGGAAGAGCAGCUUUCUCGUGUAUGCUUUGUUGUUUAUCUUUACCCAACAGCGAGCGCUGGGAAAGGCAGUCCUCUCUGUCAGAAAGCCACUAGAGAGCUCAGCAGGAGAGCUGAGGCUGUGUUUUCAAGCAGUGGGGCUCUUAAUUUUGGUACCCACCCCAAAUUCUUUAUUCCCUCAAGAAUCUAAAUCACAAGACAAAAGAAAACAAAACCAAACCAAAAAGGAUUGGGUUCUCUCCUACCGCCCCCCCCCCGCCCCCCGGUCAGCUCUUCAGAGCCCAGUGAGGACACCAGGGGACUGAGGCCUCAGCCCUUCCUUACGAUAGGUCAUUAGUGCUUUAAGCAAAUGGUAUUCGCAGCUUUGACUGCAGCAUUAGCAAUUAGGAAAAGAAUUUAAGUUCCCUGCGGACAUGUAACUUUGCCAUCAGUUUUGAUGUGGAAACACUGUGAUAUUAUAUAAAUGUUGUUGGACAACAGUAGUUUUAAGAGUAAAGUAUGAAAGGUUUAAAAAGUUGAAAAAGGCUAGCUCUGUCCUUUACUUAUUGAGACUUUUAACUUUCUCCUUUGUAUUUCCAUUGUAUUAAAUAAAUAAAUAAAUGUGAAUGUAAAAUUGUAUAAAUUACUGUACUUGAACACUUAUGUUCUCCCAGUACUGCUCGCUGGACGUUUUAGUGCCUUGGACUUCUUCUAUUGCUUCUGCCGUUAGCAUCACCUUCUCAUCUGACCCCAAUCAGCAAAGGGCAUGUGGAAGGAAGUCUCGGGUCUGCGCGACCCCAGCUGUGGACUCUGCCAUAAGGAAACUGAGGUUUUUGUUUUUGUUUUUUUGUUUUUUCUCCAAGUCAUUAAGCAGUUUUGUCUAGAGCAGGUGUAAGAUGAGCAAGGUGAGAAGUUGACAUCAGUGGUUAAAAGCAGAAAACUCUGUUUCAGGAUAAGUGAGGAGAGGGGUAUUGUAACAAAACUGGGCGAUUUAAAAGAUUAAGGGUGGCGUGUGGUAAGUGAUGAAAGAAACAAAGACUAAAGAACAGGAGGACAAACCUGCCUGAAGGCCUUUGGGUGCCACGAGCCUUCCCUCCUUGAGCUGGGCUCGAGCAGACCAGACCUGAAGUGGCUGAAUGAAAAGGGCAGAUGAGGGCUGGACGGGAGGUGUGAUCGUGAGAAGUCACAGGUGGAGGAAGUUGCUCUAAGAAAAGUCAUUUGGAUUGCUCCCCUCUUGUUGCAAACGGACUGUGCGUUUCUCAGCCUGGGUACUGCAGUCUGUGGAAAGUGGACCUGCGUCUGAAGGAAGCAUUGUGAGAAAAAGUGCUUAUUCCUGUCCGUUUGCCGUAUGAUGCCCGAGUGGUUGCAGGAUCAUAACCUCUUGUGCCACCUUUAGACUUACAACGGGUGUUCUCACACUUUCACGUAAACAGAUGCUCCCCUUGAGCAGUAACUGCAACCAGCCAGUGUUACUCAGUGCUGUGCCUGCUUGUAAUGGGCAGCUGUGUUCUUCUCAGAGCUUUCAGGAGAUACUCUCCUAAUUGGCUGUGCUUGAGAUCUUUAUUCUCUCGGAAGAUGGGGAAAUAAGCCAAGACUCCUAAUCCUUGGGGUGCUUCUCCUCUUGACUCUUGAGCUGGGAAACUGACAUGUUUCCAGCCUCUUACCCACCUCAGUGGCUCAUCCCAGGAGCCGCCAUGGCAGGAGGACCCUGGUUGGCUAUCCCGUCCUGUCCUGUCUGUCACUGGCCAUUUUCUUAAGAUCACCAAGGCCCCGAAGAUGCAAGUGAAAGAUUAAGAGUUUAGGAAGGUGGGAGAAGGGCAGGCAUUCCAAGCUCUGCUUCCGAUCCUCAGGGAGAUGGAAGGAGUCAGGACAGGACAAGGUGCCAAGGAAAAAGGUCCCUGACACCUGAGACGGAGGAGGCAGUGCUUGGUACCAGAGGGAUGAGGGAGCCAGGUGCAGCACGUGACUGUUAUUUUGGUUUAAUCAUUCUGAGAUCUUCACUCACAUGUGGAAAGUAAGAACUGGUUUUAUUUACUGUUGAUUUUUUUCCCUCCUGUGGACGAAAUAACUGAGGCCUAGAGGAAUGAACUAGUGCUACUGAACUGUCUAAAUUAUUUUUUGUGUUAAUAGUACACUUUGAGCAUCUUUUUCCACAUUAAAAAACAACUUUCUGAAUUAUAAAUGUUUUCCUUACAUUAUUUAACAAUGUACACUGUUUAAAAAACAAAUAAACUGAACUGAAACCUUG